AUGGUUUUGCUUCAUCUUAGUUUUUCCUUGGAAGUUUUCUGUCUCUCUUCUAAUGCAGAUAGCAUUGCUGCUCUUCCUGGGCAACCCUUCAUAGGCUUUCAACAGUUCUCAGGAUAUGUCACUGUUGAUGACAAGGAACACAAGUCUCUCUUUUACUAUUUUGUUGAAUCAGAAACUGAUCCAGCUUCAAAGCCUCUUGUUCUCUGGCUCAAUGGAGGACCUGGUUGUUCUUCUCUGGGAGUGGGUGCAUUCUCUGAAAAUGGACCCUUCAGACCAAAUGGGGAAUUUCUGAUUAAAAAUGAGUAUAGUUGGAAUAGAGAGGCAAACAUGCUGUAUUUGGAGACACCAAUUGGAGUGGGGUUCUCUUAUGCUAAAGGUAGCUCCUCCUAUAUGACAGUGAAUGAUGAGGCAACAGCCAGGGACAAUCUUGUAUUCCUGCAACGCUGGUUCUAUAAGUUUCCCCAAUACAGGAACAGAGAUUUGUUUCUUACAGGGGAAAGUUAUGCAGGUCAUUACGUUCCUCAACUUGCAAAGCUCAUGAUUGAAAUGAACACAAAGAACAAGAUAUUCAAUCUGAAAGGAAUAGCCAUGGGUAAUCCAGUUCUAGAAUACGCCACUGACUUCAAUUCAAGGGCUGAGUUCUUCUGGUCUCAUGGACUAAUAUCAGAUUCAACGUACAACAUGUUCACCACAGUGUGUAAUUAUUCUCGGUAUGUCAGUGAAUAUUAUAGAGACUCAGUUUCGCCUCUUUGUUCAACGGUUAUGGGCAUAGUGACCAAAGAAACCAGUAAAUUUGUGGACAAAUAUGAUGUCACCCUUGAUGUUUGCAUUUCCUCAGUGCUAUCACAAUCCAAGGUUAUUUGUCCUCAAACACAACAAGCAAAUGAGAUGAUAGAUGUGUGUGUAGAUGACAAGGUUACAAACUACUUAAACCGGAGAGAUGUACAAGAGGCACUUCAUGCCAAGCUUGUUGGAGUUCGCAAGUGGGAUGUAUGCAGCAACAUCCUGGACUAUGAUAUGCUCAACCUGGAAUUGCCUACACUACCUAUUGUUGGAUCACUAAUAAAAGCUGGAGUUCGGGUCUUAAUUUAUAGUGGAGAUCAAGAUUCAGUAAUUCCACUGACUGGAAGCCGCACCUUAGUUCAAAAGUUGGCAAGAAAAUUAGGACUGAAUACAACAGUCCCUUACAGAGUGUGGUUUGAAGGCCAACAGGUUGGUGGGUGGACUCAAGUUUAUGGCAAUAUCCUCUCAUUUGCCACUGUUAGAGGUGCCUCCCAUGAAGCUCCUUUCUCGCAGCCUGAAAGAUCAUUUGUGCUAUUCAAGUCAUUCUUGGAAGACAGGCCUUUACCUGAAAUUUUCUGACACACC